ACAAGGUUUACAUCACACACGUGCAGGCAAAGGGCAUUAUUUUCUGUAAGAUAUAACGCAAAAUAAAGAAAAUGUUCGCCGCUAAAAGAGUGUCAGGCCAAUGCCUGAAAAAGAGUGUCGUGUUUGUUCAUGGAAAUCAAAUGUCAGAACUUUUAAAGAAUCCUCUAUAUAAAAAUUUACUUGGUGAAUAUGGUUGGGUACACAGAAGAUUUAAGUCUGAUAAAGUCAAAGGUCAUGUUAUUGGAAUUGAUUUGGGUACAACAAACUCGUGUGUGGCACUCAUGGAAGGAAAAACUGCAAAAGUUUUAGAAAAUUCAGAAGGUUCAAGAACAACCCCAUCGGUCAUAGCUUUUACUAAGGAUGGAGAAAGAUUGGCUGGUAUGCCUGCUAAAAGACAAGCGGUAACCAAUGCUGCCAAUACCUUUUCGGCUACCAAACGUUUAAUUGGUCGUAAAUUCACUGAUCCUGAAGUUCAGAAAGACAUGAAAACUGUACCUUAUAAAAUUGUAAAAGCAUCAAAUGGUGAUGCAUGGUUAGAAGCUAAUGGUAAAGUAUAUUCUCCGUCACAAAUUGGUGCUUUUGUUCUUAUGAAGAUGAAAGAAACUGCAGAAAGUUAUCUAGGAAGUAAUGUUAAAAAUGCAGUUGUUACAGUACCAGCUUAUUUUAACGAUUCACAAAGACAGGCCACUAAAGAUGCUGGUCAGAUAUCUGGAUUAAAUGUUUUAAGAGUAAUUAAUGAACCCACUGCAGCUGCUUUAGCUUAUGGUAUGGAUAAAACAGAAGAUAAAUUAAUAGCAGUGUAUGAUUUGGGAGGUGGUACAUUUGAUAUCUCUAUAUUAGAGAUCCAGAAAGGUGUAUUUGAAGUCAAGUCGACCAAUGGAGAUACAUUCCUUGGUGGUGAAGAUUUUGAUAAUUUAUUGGUCAACUUUUUAUCUGCUGAAUUCAAAAGAGAUCAAGGAAUAGAUGUUUCUAAAGAUCCUAUGGCCAUGCAGAGAUUACGUGAAGCAGCUGAAAAGGCUAAAAUAGAAUUGUCCUCCUCACUCCAGACGGACAUCAACUUGCCCUAUUUAACAAUGGACGCCAGUGGACCAAAACACAUGAAUUUAAAGAUGUCCAGAUCGAAAUUGGAGUCAUUAGUUGAUGGCUUAAUCAAGAGAACAGUUGGUCCAUGUCAGAAAGCUUUACAGGAUGCUGAAGUUAAGAAAUCUGAUAUUGGUGAAGUAAUUCUUGUUGGUGGUAUGACAAGAAUGCCCAAGGUGCAAUCUACAGUACAAGAAUUAUUUGGAAGACAGCCUAGUAAAUCAGUUAAUCCUGAUGAAGCUGUGGCUAUUGGUGCUGCUAUUCAGGGUGGUGUUUUAGCUGGUGAUGUAACUGAUGUGUUAUUAUUAGAUGUUACACCAUUAUCAUUAGGUAUUGAAACAUUAGGUGGUGUCUUUACCAAACUCAUUAAUCGUAAUACUACAAUCCCAACUAAGAAGAGUCAAGUGUUUUCAACAGCAGCUGAUGGACAAACCCAGGUAGAGAUUAAAGUAGGUCAAGGUGAAAGAGAAAUGGCAGGUGAUAAUAAACUACUUGGUCAAUUUUCAUUGGUUGGUAUCCCUCCAUCACCACGAGGUGUACCUCAGAUUGAAGUAACAUUUGAUAUUGAUGCUAAUGGUAUUGUUAAUGUAUCAGCUAGAGACAAGGGUACAGGCAAAGAACAACAGAUUGUUAUUCAAUCAUCUGGUGGAUUAUCUAAAGAUGAAAUAGAAAAUAUGGUGAAGAAUGCUGAAGCUCAUGCAGAAGAAGAUAGGAAAAAGAAGGAUAUCAUUGAAGCUGUUAAUCAAGCUGAUUCUAUCAUACAUGAUACUGAAACUAAAAUAACAGAAUAUAAAGAUCAACUUCCAUCAGAAGAGUGUGAUAGUAUUAGAACUAAAAUAACUCAGUUAAGAGAAGUACUAGCUAAUAAAGACAGUGAAACACCAGAAAGAAUAAAGGAAGUGACCAAUGACUUACAGAAAGAUUCAUUAAAACUCUUUGAAACUGCCUACAAGAAGAUGGCAGCUGAACGAGAACAACAGUCAGCCAAUCAAAGUUCAACAACUGAAGAACCUAAAGCAGAAGAUGAGACAAAGUCUGAAGAGAAGAAAGAAGAGAAAAACUAACUUAUCAUUUAUAAACACCAGUGUUUUGUGUUAAUUCAUUAUCAUUGUAUCAAGUUAUAAUAUCUUGGACCAUCUACAGUGUUAUAGUUCUAAAUUCAAUUCAGGGCUUGCUAUUCAAAUUCACUAAUAAUGAAAAUUUAUAGAUUGUAGAGAAAGCUAUAGAAUUUUGAUAUCUAACUGAUAAUUUCAAACAAAAAUAAAAUUUUGUUUAUGGACAAUCCGUUAUGUUAUUGUUUAGAACAAAAGAAAUGAAAAAAAUAAUUAAUGAGCUCGAAAUUUUGUAUUAAGAACCAUAAAUAUAGGCCAAAUUAUCUAACUACUGUAUGUAAUGAGUCUAUUUUGACCAGGCAAAUGUCUUUUGAAAUUAAGAGUGUCCAUUAACGCUCUUAAGACCCAUAAAAUAAUUUGAGUAACAAUAAGUUUAACUUGUAUGUUAUUCAAUCCAAAAAUUACCUAAAAAAACUAAAAAAAAAACGAUACUAGAACUACAUCUGGGUGUAAGUUAGUUUCAUUUGUCAUUUUGAAUGUAGAUAGUUAAUAAUGUUGUAUGAACAAAUUUGAAAUCUUUUGUCGAUUCCACAAGAGUGGUUAAAAUUAGACCAAACUUUCGUUUUUUUUUUUUUAUUAGGUCUUAUUUUGAAUAUAGCCACUUAAGUUAGGGUCUAACGACAACCCCCUUGAAUGUUCUUCAAAUAACCUUUUGACCUACCUCAAUGAUGUCUGCUUUAACUAAUCAAAUUUCAAGGCUGGUAUAUUGUGACGUAGUUUUUAUCAGGUUAGGUCAAAAGGUUAAUUUAACGAAUGUUCAAGAGGGCUGUUGUUAAACCCCAACUGAAGUGGCUAUAUUAAGUAUUAAAGCUCAUGAAAAAAUUGAAUGAAAGUUUGGUCUGAUAUUAAUGAGGCUGAUUCUACCGCAAAAAAUUACGUCUGAGAAUCUAAUGAAAUAUCAGAAUGGAGCUUUUGGGCAUUUAUUUGAGAUUUCAGGUUUGUUCAGUACAUCUUAGAUUUUCAUAUUAAAGCAUUUAUCCUAGUAUGUGUGUGUGAAAGUUUGUAAGAUAUUAUAGAGUAUUCAUUGGUUAAACAUAGUCAGAAAAUUAAGGAGAUGAUUGGUACAAAUUGACGGAUCCUUUUCCAAAUUUCAUUGCAUGUAAAUCAUAUUAUGAAGAUGGGUUAUUUAUAACUAAUUUAUGUUAUUUUUCACAGAAUGGGUAUGCUACACAAGUUAGUUAAAUAUAACCUGAUUUGGCAGAGAUUGGACAAUUGUUGGGUAUAUAAUAUGAAUUGCACUGAUUUAGAAAGAAAAAAAAACCUCUUGCAUAAAAUACUGUAUUUUGUGGUAGUCUAUCUCUUAUUGAAAGUAGGAUCUGCUUGAGUUAGUGUCAUAGCUUAAGGGAUCUAAUAUAUUGUCCAGAAUAUGGAGACCCUUAAGGUGCCCUCACAUCACAGUGAUUACCAGUUUCGUAUGGUGUGAAUAAUGGAAGUGGCCACGAUUUCUGAACACAACUGGCAACUCAAUUGCAUGAGAAUUUCAUUCAAAACUUAAAAACGCUAUUCUGAUUUGCAACCAUACACAGCUGGUGAUCAUCCUUUGAUAGAUAUUUUUGACGGUUAUUUUCUGGUUAUAUAAAGCCACAAUGUUUGAACUUAUUGUCUAUUUUGGGAAGAUUCUCUCGUCUUUGCAGAUGCAGGAAAUUCUUAUAACCGUCAAAGAUAUUUGAGGCUAGUAAGAGUCUUUAAGAGAUUGUAAAGAGGUUUUCUGAACUUCUUUUGUGUAACAGUGACAGUGACAGUAUCAAUUUGUACUAUUGCAAUUUUCAAUCAGACGACUGUUCUCGCAAUUCCACUAAAACUAAGUAUUUGAUGAAGUCACUAAUCGCAAAAUAAGCUUUAUCACAUUCACGACUUCACGAUUAGUGAUGUCAUAAAAUGUGUUUAUGGAAUUUGAUGAACUACAGACAUCUGAUUGAAAAUUGGAAUGGUGCACAUCAAUUUAUCAGUGUCCCAGAUUCACAUAACUUCUUUACAAUCCCUUUAACAUAUAGCUUUACUCAGUGCUAGAAUAUUCACAAACUUUCUUGUUAGAUAUAUAAUCAGUUUUGUGUUGUAUUCAAUUUAAUGAAUCAAAAUUUAUGGAGUAAAAUUUAGUAUGAAUAUUUUUAAGAAUUAUUUUUUGUUUGACCACAUGUUAAUUAUAAAAUCGAAUCAUCUAAAAAAUAAAACUAGAAAAUU